AUGGCGGCUAUCCAAGAAUCCCAGGCGGAUCAACCGAAAACGGCGCCGGUGCCGUUGCCGUUGCAGUCUCAGUUGCCCCCGCCGUUGUUAGUCUCCGACGCGUUUGCCAAGGACGCCAUUCUCGCAUGGUAUCGCGGCGAGUUUGCCGCUGCGAACGCGAUCAUCGACGCUCUCUGCGGUCAUCUCGCGCAGAUGCAGAAGUAUCACUCCAUUGCUGAUGUCACUCUUGAACUGCGUAAUGUUGCUGAGAAGAAAAUCGAAUCGGUUGAUGGAAAAGCGAAAAGCCUAGAUGAGAAGCCGGAAGUGAAUGAGGAAGCUGUGGAAAACGUCGGAAAUGACGGCGAUGGUGCUCCGGCGGAGUAUGAUUCGCCGGACAGUGAGAUCACUAAUUCAGGAUCGCUAGAAGUGCAACACACUUUUAUGAUCAAUAGUAUAUGUUCAAAUCAUGAAGAAUGUGAAGGACGUCCUUCAGAGAUAAAGUUGACACAAGGUUUCACAACAAAGGAAUUCGUAAAGGGGCAUCCGGUGAAUGCUGUGAAAGGAUUGAGGUUGUAUGAGAAUGUUUUUUCUGAAUCACAACUCUGCAAGCUGAAUGAUUUUGUGAAAGAGAUCCAUGCUGCUGGCCAGCACCGAGAACUUUCAGGUGAAACUUUUAUACUAUUCAACAAACAGGUGAAGGGGAACAAGAGGGAGCUGAUUCAGUUAGGUGUACCCAUAUUUGGACAGAUAAAAGACAAUGCCAAAAGCGAAAUUGAGCCAAUUCCAUCACUUCUUCAUGGUGUCAUUGAUCACCUUAUUCAGUGGCAAUUGAUUCCAGAGUACACAAGGCCAAAUGGUUGCAUUAUCAACUUCUUUGAAGAGGGGGAGUUUUCUCAGCCAUUCUUGAAACCGCCACAUUUGGAGCAGCCUCUAUCUACCCUUCUUCUCUCUGAAUCUACCAUGGCUUUUGGGCGUAUUCUUAUGAGUGAAAAUGAUGGGAAUUACAAAGGUCCACUCAUGCUAUCUUUGAAGCAAGGGUCUCUUUUAGUGAUGAGAGGAAACAGUGCUGACAUGGCAAGGCAUGUGAUGUGUCCAUCCCCUAACAAAAGGGUGAGUAUCACCUUCUUUAGAGUGAGAGAAGGCUCUUAUCAAGGCCAAUCUACAAGCCCUCCAACGACGACAUCCGCGAUGACAGUUUGGCAACCUGGCCCUGCCAGCCCACUUGCUUUGCCAAAUGGGGCGAUAACUGGCCACCAGGCUAUGGAUAUGAUACCUAGAUGGGGUAUGUUUGGUCCUCCAAUGGUCAUGCUGACCCCUAUGCACCCUAUGACAAUGAAUCCCAGCAAACUUCCUCGAGGCGGGACUGGAGUUUUCUUGCCUUGGAAGGGGCAUCCCAGGAAACAUUCAAGGUAUCUUCCACCUCGUGCCCAUAAAGGACGGGUUAUGGCAUUACCUUCCCCGGUUGAAUCACACAGGGAAGGAUCUACUUCUGAACCCACCAUUACUGUUGAAGCCUGA